AUGUAUGUUUUUGUCAUUCAUAUAUUGUACUGUUCUACCCUUAAAACAGCCACAAUGUUUCCUCUGCAUCUACUCCUACUGAUAUCUGGAACACUGGCUAUGAAUUGCUCAAAUUCAGAUGAUACCUUUUAUUUAAACACCACAAAUGGGGAGAUUUCAAUGACAAUAAACAUGCUAAACGAGACUAUCACCAUCAACGAUAAAGCUGAGGAAAAUCUGAAAUGCUUUUGGUGCAUUGAAAGCUAUGUUGAGUGCACCCCAAUGAAUAUGACCUCAAUUAACCUCACUGAGUGUCAGACGGUGAAUAUUUCUGUAGUCGAGAACUCAACCAGCAAGUUGAUCUUCAACAUAGCUUCAUCCACGUGUGAGGUCACCAAGUGUACUGGGCCAGAAAUCACUGCCCUGAUGAGAGAGAUACAAGGCCAUCCCAGUGAGGGUCCAAAGGAUCUUAAAAGGGUCCUGAACAUGCGAAAUAUGUGUGCAAACCUCUUUGAAAAUAAUCAGACCAUAAGGAUGAUGUUUAUUGGCGUUGAACGGGGCCUGGUACACAACAUGAUAAACAUCUCAAUCCCUGGAGAGCCUUUGUACUACGACCUCAGUGAUCUGGCUCUGACUGUGUUCAACCUGACCAACCUAACCAGUGCUGAUGACAAGAUGGUGAAAAUAAAAGCACCAGAGCUCCUCUCUGAGAACAACUCUUACAUUCCGGAAACAUGGAUCCCUAUUGAUGCACUCCAGAACAUCCCAGAGGAAAAGAGGAGAGUGGGCGUGGUCACCUAUAAAUCACCCAAUCAGUUCUUGUUUAAAGAGGAACUCGUGAGAACCAUGGUCAUACGGAUAGAGGUGGAUGGCGGCAGACAACUUGAGAACUUGAUCACUCCACUGAAGAUGAAGUUCAAAUUGUUUGACCCUAUAAUACCAGUGAAUUACAGCCUGUCAUGUCAAUAUUUCAAUGACUAUGGGGACAUAAACCUCCCAGACACUGUCUUUUGGAAAACGGACGGAUGCGUUACUAAGAUCAACGACAGCGUGGUGGAGUGCAUCUGUAACCACGCCACGCCGUUUGCCGUGCUGCUGAUCGCCGACCUAUCUAUUGACGGUGUGCACUGGCGGGUCUUGUCUUACAUCAGCUACAUUGGCUGUGGCUUGUCUGCCUUCUUCACCGCCGUAUCCUUCCUCACCUACGUCAUUACCACGAACUCCAGGGUGGACAACGCCAACAGCAUCCACGUGUCACUGAGCGGGGCUUUGUUCCUGCUCAACACCUCUUUCCUGCUCAACGAGUGGGGGGCCAGUCUGGGCAUCAGGGGCGUGUGUAUCUUCAUUGCGGCGGCCAUUCACUACAGCCUCCUCAGCUGUUUCACCUGGAUGGCCAUUGAAGCUGUCCACCUGUAUCUCCUCCUGGUCAAGGUGUUCAACACUUACUACCGACACUAUAUGGCCAAGCUGUCUGCCAUUGGCUGGGGACUCCCCGGUAUCAUUGUGGGAGUUUCAUUGGCAGUCAAGGAUAUCAAACCAUUAUAUGGACCUACAGAAAUGACUAUGGCAGACACUAACCGGACAAAUACAAUCUGCUGGAUCAUGGACAUCCCCUUCUUCUACAGUAUGAACCUGGCCUACUUCACCAUCAUCUUUGUCCUUAACUCUGGCAUUCUGUUAACGGUGACCACCCGGAUCUGCCAGCUGCAGCGCUGUGGCAGUAAGGGCAAGCCUGGGAAGGCAAGCCUGGCCUGGAAGGACAUUGGCACCGUCCUGGGUCUGACCUGCCUGCUGGGUAUCACCUGGGGCCUGGCCUUCCUCAGCUACGGCUAUGUCAACCUUCCCAUCCUCUACCUGUUCAGCAUUUUCAACUCCCUCCAAGGAUUCUUUAUAUUCCUAUGGAUCUGUGGCACUGCCAGGAAAGACAGGGAGCUGGCAGCGAAUACCAAGAGCACAUCAGCAGCUCUGAACACCUCUACAGCCAAACCCAAGGAGGAGAUGUUCCCUAGCAACAACCUCUACCAGUAAACAAUGUCUGUCCACAAUGGAGAUCACCCAUAUCUUCUUAGAUGGCAAGGGGAGUUUUGGCUUUGUGUCUAAUGGCAUAUGCAUUGUCUCUUUCUUUCUCUUUCAAAUUGAGUUAUGGUUUCUACACCGGUUGUGUUGAUGUAUUGUCACGGAUCCCUCUGGAAUUUCAUUGCGCACACCUGGCCCCUAUUCCCACUGAUUGUAUUUGUAUAUAUGUGCCCUUUGUUCACCAUGGUGGGGUUGAUUAUUGUUACAAUGUCCGUUGGUGCGUGUGAGUACCUGUGCUGUGUGUUUUGGGCUUUCGCGCCCUUGUGGAUUGCGCAGAAUACGGGUCUCGUCCCGUGUGUUAAUCAUUGUGCGCGUGUGUUAUUUAUUCGAGGUACUCCUCGCUCUUUUGUUUGGGUUUCAACCCUGUGUCUUUGUUACGUGUUUGUUUGGUAAUUUGGGGCUGAAUAAAAAAACUAUUACGCAUUCCUG